AAAAAACUUCCAUAAUCUUAUCAUUUCACAUAUUCCCCAAAGCAUCAAUGGCUAUCUCAACCUCCUUCUCCAACUUUUUUUCAUUCCUCUCACCACAAUCAAACCCCCAACAACAAAAACCACACCCCCCACUUCUCUAUCCAUUUCCAUCUAAUCCCAACCACCGCAGCAAGUUGGUUCCACUCGUUCUCAGCCGUGAUGAACGCUCUUCAUCGAUUUCAACAUCACCACCACCAGACUCCAUGUCCUCCGUUGUUACCUCAUCUCUCUCAGUUUCCAACUCCAUGUUCUUAGCAUCGCCGUAUAAUGUUCAAGUUAUUGUUGAAGAUGAUGAGCCUGAAGAGAGGUUGCUUAAUAGGUUUCGAAGAGAGGUUAUGAGGGCUGGGAUUAUUCAAGAGUGUAAGAGAAGAAAGUUUCAUGAGAAUAAACAAGACAAGAAGAAGCGUAAGGUUCGUGAAGCUGCUAAGCGUAAUCGUAGAAACAGAUUUCCCAGGCGAGAUAUGGGGAAAUCUCCAAGAGGACCGUACAACAACUACAGGCAGGAUGUUCCAAAACCUGAGAAGGAAGAGGAUGAUGAUAACUGGGAUCUACCUGAAGAGGAUGUGCUAAAUUUUUGACUACACAGUUCCCCUCAUUCAUAUGAUUCUUCACAUUUUACUGUGAGUGGCUUUGUCUGCAUGUAGGUUCUGUUAUGUGAAUUCAAUUCCUUGGACUCAAAUUAUUGUAUUGUUCAAUAUACAUUUCAUUUGAUAUUUAGACAAUAUGCUCAUUGGUGCAUCAAAAAUUUAUUUAAAUCCCCAUGUCAUGUUGAAUUUUCCAGUCAUGUAACAGUUAUAAAUCAAGGAUAAUUUAUCUGUUAAGAAAAAAUGAGUGUUCAUCAGACUACAAAA